AUGGCAACCUCAUCCUCCCCCUCCACCACCACGACCUCUUCUCCCCCCCAAAGAACCUACAGCGACGCAGUCACCGCCCUCAACACCCUUCAAACCAACUUCAGCACCCUCCAGUCCGCACGCACCUCCACAAAGAAACAAGACUCCCAACUCCUCGCCCAAGUCGUCGAGUCCCUCCGCCGCAUCGGCCACGCCCCCUCCGACCUCACAAAGCUCAACGUCAUCCACAUCGCCGGCACAAAGGGCAAGGGCUCAACAUGCGCCUUCAUCUCCUCCAUCCUCUCCCAGUACCGGCCCUCCCCCAUCACCAAGAUCGGGAUGUACACCUCCCCGCACCUGCGCGCCGUGCGCGAGCGCAUCCAGAUUAAUGGCGCGGCGCUGCCCGAGGAACUCUUCGCGCGGUACUUCUUCGAGGUGUGGGACCGCAUGGAGGCGUCGGCGCGCGCCGAGGGCCACGAUCCCGCUGCGAAGCCGGGGUACUUUCGGUUCCUGACGCUCGUGGCGUUCCAUACGUAUCUGUGCGAGGGCGUGGACACGGCGAUCCUGGAGGUGGGCAUUGGCGGCGGUUAUGACUCUACGAAUGUUGUUGAGCGGCCGACGGUGACGGGGAUCACGAGCCUGGGGAUUGACCAUGUGGGCGUGCUCGGGGGCACGAUUGAGGAGAUUGCGUGGCACAAGGCGGGGAUCCUGAAGGCGGGAAGGCCGAUGUUUACGGCGCCGCAGACGGAGGGCGCGUUGGGCGUUAUUCGGGCGAGGGUGGAGGAGAGGGGCGCGGCGGGGGUCACCGUGGUGGGCGUGCAUCCGCAGAUUACGAGCGGGGAGGUGAGGCUGGGGUUGCCGGCGGAGUAUCAGAAGGUGAAUGCGUCGCUGGCGGUGGCGAUUGCGGCGGAGCAUUUGGGGUGUUUGGGCGCGCCGGUGGAGACUGAGGUGCUGCCGGAGCGGUUUAGGAAGGGGCUGGAGGAGGUCGUGUGGCCGGGGAGGUGCCAGGUGAAGGUGGAGGGGAAUGUGGAGUGGUGCAUCGACGGCGCGCAUACCGUUGAGUCGCUUUCUGUAGCGGGUGAAUGGUUCUCUGGUAGAGUUGAUAAAAACGCAACCACCACAAGAGUCCUAAUCUUCAACCAGCAAACCCGCGACUCCACCGCACUGAUCUGCUCCCUCGCCACCUCCUUGGCCGCAGUCUCACCCUUCGACCACGCAAUCUUCUGCACAAACGUCACCUGGAAGGACGCCGGCUACAAGGCCGACCUGGUCUCGAUGAACACGAACCCCACACAGGUCUCAGAGCUGCAAGUCCAGAAGACGCUCGAAGCGGCGUGGAAGGAGCAGACCGCCGCGUGGAGGAAGCAGGCGGAGACGCAUGUCGGGGCCACGAUUGAGGGGGCGGUCGGCGUCGUGGGGGAGCUGAGCGCGAAGGGUGAGGUGCAGGUGUUUGUGACGGGGAGCUUGCAUCUUGUGGGUGGGUUGUUGGAGGUCUUGGAUGGGUAG